UGCUAGAUCUCGAUAGGCAAGCACUAUUUUAGCAGGACCAUUAAAAAUAAAUCAGUCUAGUGUGUUCACAGGGUUGACUGGACUAAGCAAUUACACUUCUUUUUCUCCUAUUUUAUUUAACAGCUCUCAACAGACAUUUCUCAUCAGCUGAAACUAUUUACACCUGAAUUGGUUGAAAAUUGUGACCAGGAUGAAUACUGGUUUUUCUGCCCUUGUCCUGGUCAGUUUAUGUGCAAAUUGACCAAAAUUGUGUUUGAGAUGGAAAGUGAAGGGGAAGUGAAGUACAGAAUAAUCUCCUGGGACAAUAAGCUCUUAAACAAUUUACCCCAAAAGGAACCUGCAGGACCUCUGUAUAAUAUUGACGGUCCUGAAGGUUCAGUCCGUCGUCUGCACUUCCCACAUUGUGAGAUUGGUAAAGGCAAGGAGAAACUGACUGUAGCACAUGUGGCUGAUGGUAAAGUGGAGAUCAUUCAGCCACAAACAGUGACAGACACACAUGUGAUCAUAAACAUUCAGAGUCUCUCCCCAUUUGGUUUAAUUUUCCCACGCAGUGAAACUUCCAUCAGAGCCCAAGUUCUACUGUUCUACAAAAAAAAGACAGAACACUGCAAGAGUAAACUGAACAUCCACCUGCUGCCAGCAAAUGUGCCAGUAAAAGAGGUACAGAAACAACACAAGAGCUACACGUACAUUGACACAACCUCCACUUGUGAUCUGACCCCUAGACGAAAGUACAGACUACGCUAUACAAAUACUGUCAAUACUGACAAUACUGUACUCCAACCAAAGGUAGUGAAAUUUCAACGGGACUGUGGCCCCAACUAUCACCCCACAUUUGAGAUUUUGAACAUUGAGGCUGCUGAAGUCACAUUGAUUCUUUCUGAAAAAAAAGGCAAGGAAGUGUGGACACGAUUUGUAGACUUGAUUACAGAGCCAAACUCAACCAUACCAGAUAUAGCAGGUGCUGACUUUGUGGAUGAACACAGAGAAACACUCAUUCAGAGAUUUCCGUCAGUGAUGGAGUUUGCAGACUGUCUGAUAGGCAAGAACAUGAUUUCUACGGAGAUGUACGAAAACAUUAAGGCAAAGUCAACACCUCAGGAUAAAAUGAGAGAACUGUACACAUGUCUCGACUCAGUGGGAAGAGCGGCAAAGCAAGAAUUCCAUAACAUCCUUGAAAUGAACUACAGCUGUUUAGUUAGUGAACUUGGUGAACUUAGUGUUCACUUAGUGAACACUUAAUGGAGUAAAUCACACACAUCCUAAAGAUCUCUGUAGAUAACAUGGGUUCUCCUUUUCUAGUUUGCAACAGAAAACCUUGUUGAAAUGUAUAAUUAUUUCAUUAUUGCUUAAAUUGUUCAUUUGUGCAACUAUGAAUAUGAUAUAUAAAGAUAAAUCUUCUUACCUCAAUCUCAAAUCAUUUCCACAUCUUGGUGCAACAAAAAAGGCUUACAUUUGUGAUUAUCAUGUGAUUGUUCUAGUAUUUUGCUUUC